AUGCGAGAUAAUACCUCAAAAACUUCUGGGCAUCAAUUCACAUUAGAUUUAUUAGAAGGAACUAAUAAUCAAUGCAUUGAACUCUUACGUAUGUCACGUGAUUCUUAUGUUCGGCUUUGCACACAUUUUAGAGUAAAAAGUUGGUUAAAGGAUAGUAAACAUAUAUCGGUUGAAGAGAAAAUGGCGAUGUUUUUGAUGAUGAUUGGUGACAAUCAACAUUAUGUAAUCAUCAAACGUAGAUUUCAACACUCAAAACAAACGAUUCAUAAGUAUUUUUAUGAAGUAUUGGAUAAAAUGAUGGUGUUUGCAAAAGAUAUAAUAGUACCAACUUCCUUUAAUCCAAAUCCAAACAUCCCGGGACAUAAUAGGAGGUUACGAAGGAUUUUCAGAGGAGCGGUUCGUGCGCUUGAUGGAACUUUGGUACAUGCUAUUGUCCCUCUCGACAAACAACAUUUGUAUAGAGGAAGGGGAAAAGGCGACUGCUAUCAAAAUGUAUUGGCAAUAUGCGACUUCAAUAUGAUUUCUACAUUUGUCGUGGCUGGAUGGGAAGGGAUAGCACAUGAUUCAAGAAUAUUAUCUGAAGCUUUAACAGAUCGAGAUGCACCAUUUCCAUUUCCACCACUAGCACGUUUCCCUAUAUUGAAGAGAAUGGCUCCAUUUCCAUUGGUUAUACAAAGAAACAUCGUCAUUGCAUGUUUUGCGCUUCAUAAUUAUAUAAUCAAAGAGGGAUUAAGUGAUGAGUAUUUUUCUCAAUAUAAUCAAGUCGAUAUAUCACUUCAAAGAAACAAUGUACAAGAUGAUGAUGAUAAGGAGGAGGAUGACGUGGAUGAGGUACAACCACACGGAAGUGCAAGAGACCGGGAAUAUAUGGUUCAUCUACGAGAUCAAAUUGCUGACCAGUUAAUGCGUGUAGAAUGA